AUGAAGUCGUUUGCUAUCUCCGCCCUCCUGGCCUCAACCGCCGUGGCCCUGCCUACCAGCGUUCUGUCCGGGCUCACUGGCUCUCUGCCAGCGGGUCUCCCCGCCUGUCUUCCUUCGGGCAUCAUCCCCACGGAUCUGCCCCUGCCUAUCGCCUCCUUGAUCCCCACAUGCUCGGGCGCGCCUUCUGCUUCGUCGUCUUCUGCCGCGGCCACACCAACCAGUGUCGUUACUAGCAUGACCAAGAAUGCCGGAACUGGGCAGAUCCUCAACGUGCUCAACCAGGCGGGAACAUCUAAUGUGAAGAUGAUGGCUGAGUCCGAGCUCCAGAGCCUCAUGAGCAAGCUACCCCUCAGUACGCUCGAGCAGCCCAUUGGUCGGGUUGUUCAGACUGCCCAGUCCGUUGAUCAACUCGACAGCAGCAAUGGCUCCGGUCUUACCCAGGUCACUGCUCUUCUCGAGAAUGGAAACGCUGCUCUUAUCGAGCUGACUCAGGAAGUCGUUGACCUUCUCUCUAGCCUUGGCCUCCGCCAAGUCGGCAGCCUUCUUGGAUCUAUCGUCGGCGGUCUUGAAUCUGUCACUGGCAACAUCAAGCGCGAUGAUCCGUUGUCUUCUGCCCUUUCCUCCGUCAAGUCUCUCACUUCCAACAUCAAACGUGAAGACCCCCUCUCUGGCCUGCUCACCAUCACCGACUUAAACAACGUUGCUGGCGGUCAAAACAUGCUGUUCAAGCUCGAGCCCACUCUUCUCGGUCUUCUUGGCGGUCUUGACCUGUCAUCGAUCCAGGGUCCCGUUGGCAACCUUGUUGCUUCAGGCUCGUCCAUCUCCGAUCUCAAGUCGCAGGUGCCGAACAUCCCUGGUGCCAGCUUCAUUGUUGUCCAGGCUGGAGACCAAGUCGCAUUCCUGCUGAUCAAGGUGGACUCGGCUCUUCAGGGUCUUCUCUCCACCAUCGGCCUCGGCAGUCUCGGUACCGCUGUUGGCUCCGUCGUCAACACUGUUCAGGGUUCCAUCUCCCAGUAA